ACUCAAUGGCAAUGGAUUUUAUAUAUAUAUAUAUAUAUAUAGUUGUUAGGUGCCACCGAGUUGGUUCCAACUCAUAGCGACCCUACAGAGCAAAGUAGAACUGCUCCUUAGGGUUUCCAAGGAGUGGUUGGUGGAUUUGAACUGCCGACCUUUUGGUUAGCAGCUGAGCUCCUAACCACUAUACCACAGGGCUCCUGCACUGUCCCUAUGAUUGGUUGUGGAUUGGACUAUUGUGAUCCAUAGGGUUUUCAUUGUCUAAUUUUUGGAAGUAGAUAGCCAGGCCUUUCUUCCUAGUCCAUCUUAGUCUGGAAGCUCUGCUGAAACCUGUUCAACAUCGUAGCACCACGGAAGCCUCCACAGACAGAUGAGUGGUGACUACUCAUGAGGUGCACUAGCCAGGAAUGUACUUAGUAUAUGUACAUCAUUGGAUUCUUACACCACGUGUCUCCUGCCCUAUAAGGGCAGAGCCAGGAAGCAUUAUUAUUAUUCCCAUUUUACAGGUGCAGAAUUGGACUCAGACUGGUCACACCACUCAUCAGUGACAGAGCUGAGCUCCGCCACCUGGCCUCCUGACCCCAAAUCCCAUUCUCUUUCUAUUACUUUACAUUGCCUUUCUCUCUCCAUUCCUCCGAUAUUAAUUUAGCAAGCCCUCAUUAAGUAUGCAUUGCUUGCAUGAUGGGAGUCCCUGGGUGGUGCAAACAGUUAAUCCACUCAGCUGCUAACCGAAAGGUUAGAGGUUCAAGUCCACUCUGAGGUGCCUUGGAAGAAAGGCCUGGCAAUCUACUUUCUGAAAAAACAGCCAUUGAAAACCCUGUGCAACACAGUUCUACUCUGACACACAUGGGGUCACCAUGAGUUAGAACCGACUCCACAGCAACAGGUUGUUUACUGGUGUGUAUGAUGCUGGGGACAAGGCAAAGAUGAAAGGGCCAUGGUCCGUAUGCCCCAGGAACUUACAAGGUACCGGAAGAAUGAAACCGGUGUGCCCGUAACCAUAAUACACAGGUGGGAUAUGAUUGGCGUGGAUAAAGUAUCGCAGAAAGUUACACUCCUGAUGCGGGAUGAGGAGGAGGGAGGUGCAAAGACUGCCACGCCCACCAGUUGCUGGCAAGGUGAUGCCGACUCACAGUGACCCCACGCGUUUCAGAGUAGAAAGCCCUCUACAGGGUUUUCAUGGCUGUCUUAGUUUCUUAGUGCUGCUAUAACAGAAAUAUCACAAGUGAGUGGCUUUAACAAACAAAGUUAUUUUCUCACAGUUUAGGGAGCUAGAUGUCCAAAUUCAGGGCACCAGCUCUAGGGGAAGGCUUUUCUUUCUGUGUUGGCCCUGGGGGAAGGUCCUUGCCUCUUCAGCUUCUAUUCCUUGGAUCUUUGGUGGUCUUCAUGUAGUAUGGCAUCUAUCUUCCCCCAUCUCUGCUCGAUUCUCUGUCCUAAUGUACUCUUUUUAUGUCUCAGAGGUACCAAACCAACAACCCAUUUCUGUCAAGUCGAUUCUGACUAAUAGUGACCCUAUAGGACAGAAUAGAACUGCCCCACAGGGUUUCCAAGGAGCGGCUGAUGGAUUUGAACUGCUGGCCUUUUGGUUAGCAGUUGAACUCUUAACCACUAUGCCACCAGGGCUCCAUCUCAAAGGUGACUGGUUUAAAACACACCCUCUGCUGAUAUGGCUACUCAACAAAGAAAACCCCAUUCCUCAAUGGGAUUAUAACCACAGGUAGGGGGGUUAAGAUUUACAACACAUAUUUUGCGGGGGGACACAGUUCAGUCCAUAACAAUGGUUGUGACCAUUUGGAAGCAGAUCACUGCGCCUUUCUUCUGAGGCACCUCUGGGUGGGUUUAAAACCUCCAAACUUUCAACCCAGUGCUUAACCAUUUGUACCACCCAGGAGGCUUCACAGAGGAGAAAAAAUAUUUGAGUUUGGCCUGAGAAGAAUGAGUAGGUGUUUGCUGGGUGAAGAUGGGGAGAGAGAUUGCAGUUACAUACUGAGCAAAGGUGCAGAGGCGGGCAGGCAUUCAGCGUGACUGGAGCAUAAGGUGUGUCUAUGGUAGAGUGGGUAACACAGCCAGAAAAGCAGGUUGGAAUGGGAUCUUGGAGGGCUGGGUUAAGGAGUUUGGACUUUACUUGGUAUGCAAGGGUAACUGUGGGAGAUUUUUGAGCCAGGGGAGUGUGGGUGAUCAAAGCAAUUCAACAGGAAUUAUUGUCACCUGGUGGCAGGGUAGGAUGACUAGAGAGAAGCCUGGGGGCAGCAAGACCAGUUAGGAACCUGUUGCACUAGUUGCAGCUGAGGGCGCCUGAAGUCGGGUGGUGACAGUGGGAGGGGAGAGGACAAGAUGGGUGGGAAAGCAAGGACAGAUAGUUACCCAGGCUAGGUUCACUAAUAAUUUUUUCCUGCAAGAUCAUUUUUUUUCCCCCAGAAACUAAAAGGGCAUAUUUUGGUGAAUAGAGAGGCAUAGUUGGAGCCCUGGUGGCACAGUGGUUAAGAGCUAUGGCUGCAACCACAAAGCUGGCAGUUCAAAUUCACCAGCCACUGCUUGGAAAUCCUAUGGGGCAGUUCUACUCUGUCCUAUAGAGUUCUUAUGAGUCAGAAUUGACUCGAUGGCAACGGGUUUGGUUUUUGGUUUGGGGUAAGGCAUAGUUAGACGGAAAGCAAAGUGGUUGAUUGAUCACAGUGCCGAAGAUGACACCUUUGGUCCAUCGUUAUGCUGAUUCAUUUCUACUCUGUCCUGACUGUGAAUUUGCAAAACAGUUGACUGGAGUUAAUGAUACAGCCUAUGGUCAUGGAUUUGAACAUAGCAUAAACAUUCAGAAUGUUCAAGGAAUGGAGUGGGUAAAUGACUUGUCUGCAAACACAGUUAGUGGCAAUGCUAGAGCUUGAAACCAGAUCUUCUGGUUUCCUACUCCAGGGCUCUGUCCAGGGGUUUGAACAAGAACGAACCUGUUCAGUCCAGUCUAAACCCCUGCUGAGAAUUUGCAUUUCUACCCCCGAGAUACUGAAUCAGAAUCUACAUCUUUUUUAAAAUAAUAUUUUAUUGUUUUCGGUGAAAGUUUACACAGCAAAUUAGGUUCCCAUUUGACAAUUUCUACACUAAUUGUUCAGUGCCGUUAGUUACAUUUUUCACAAUGUGUAACCAUUCUCUUUAAUUGCUCUCUGGUUAUUUGGUUUCAAGUACUCUAGUUUCCCUGCUCCCUUUUCUUCUCAUCUUUCCUUUAGAAUAAUUGUUGACCUUCUGGUCUUUUAUAGAUGUUUGUUUGUUUGUUUUAUUGUAUUUUAGAUGAAGGUUUACGGAGGAAACUAGUUUCUCAUUAAACAGUUAAUACACAAAUUGUUUUGUGACAUUGGUUGACAACCCCACAACAUGCCAACACUCUCCCCUUCUCAACCUUGGGUUCAGCAUUACCAGCUUGCCUGUCUCCUCUUGGAUUCCCAUCUUUGCCCCUGAGCUGGUGUGCCCCUUUAGUCUCGCUUUGUUUUAUGGGCCUGUCUAACCUUUGGCUGAAGGGUGAACUUCGGGAGUGACUUCAUUACUGAGCCAGAAGGGUGUCCAAGGGCCAUACUCUUGGGGUUUCUCUAGUCUCUGUCAGACAAGUAAGUCUGGUAUUUUUUCAUGAGUUAGAAUUUUUUUCUAGCUCUGUCCGGGACCCUCUAUUGUGAUCCCUGUCAGAGCAGUUGGUGGUCGUGCCUGGGAAACAUCUACUGGACUCAGUCUGGUAGUGGUAGAUGUGGUCCAUUAAUCCUUUGGACUAAUCUUUCACUUGUAUCUUCAGUUUUCUUCAUUCUUCCUUGCUCCCAAAGGGGUGAGAUCAGUGGAGUAUCUUAGAUGGCCGCUCGAAAACUUUAAAGACUUCAGGUGCUACUCACCAAAGUAGAACGUAGAACGUUUUCUUUAUAAACUAUGUUAUGCCAAUUGAGCUAGAUGUUCCCUGAGACCGUGGUCCCCACAGCCCUCAGCCCAGUAAUUUGUUCCUUCAGAGAGCUUAAAACAGAUCUUCUGGCUUCCUACUGUAGGGUUCUGUGCAGGGUUUGAACCAGAACAAACUGUUUUGUUCCUAUCCAAGCCCCUGCUGAGAAUUUGCAUUUCUAUCCCAGAGAUACUGAAUCAGAAUCUACAUUUUAACAAGACCCCCAGGUGAUUCUUAUGUAUAAUAAAUUUUGGGAACCACUGCUCUACUAGUGGUUCUCAGAAUCAGUCCCUAACCAGCCAUAUUAGCAUCCCCUGGGAACUUGUUAGAAUUGCAAAUUCUCAGCAGGGAUUCCAACUGGAACUAACCAGUUUGAAACCCUGGUUCUGUCCACCAUUCCACAGCUGAAAUAUCUGCUCCGGACUUACUUGCCCUUUAAUGUUAUGUAAAUUUGCCCUUAUUUUGAAACAGUUGUCCUGCAACAGAUUCUUGAUCACAAUGGCCUUCACUUGCUACAUGUGCAGCUUUUAAAUCAUUGAAAAGGCUUCAAACCUUUUUUUGCACUAAAACCCGCUGCCACUGAGUCAAUUCUGACUCUUAGCGACCCAAUAGGAUAAAGUGGAACUGCCCUAUGGGGUUUCCAGGGAACAACUGGUAGAUUCGAAAUGCUGACCUUUUGGUUAGCAGCUGAGCACUUAACCACUGUGCCACCAGGACUCCUUUUCUUGCACUAAAGUAAGGCUCAUUAAGAACCAUAUGCACCUAUCCCAACUUACCUACAAAUUCGACUUAGGGACAUUCUUAGGAAUAGAUCUCAUUCAUACCCCAGGGACUGCCUGUACUUGCAUUUAGGAUCAAAAGUUUACUCAGAAGAGUCUAUUAGGAACUAGGUUUUUGUAACAAAUGAAUAAUACCUCAUGGAUGGUUUUCAAAUGCAUCAAAUAGUAGAUACCCCACAAUUUGACUCCACAACCGAUUGUCACCUCACGCACAGCCACCACUUGUUUGUCAGUGGAAGCUUGGGUGUUGCUAUGAUGCUGAACAAGUUUCAGUGGAGAUUCUAGACUAAGACAGACUAGGAAGAAAGGCCUGGCAAUCUACUUCUGAAAAUCAGCUAAUGAAAACCCUGUUGAUCGCAAAUGUCUGAACCCACUUACACAAUUUAUCCAUUACCCCUACUAAUGUUAGGUUGUUUGAGCUUUUUCGCAUUUACAGUGUUGCAGUUAACGUCCUUUUAUAUGUCUUCAUAUGAACAUGUACAAGAGUUUCUCUAGGGUAUGCUCCUAGAAGUGGACUUUCUGGGGUGAAGGUAGGUGUCUUUUUAGUUUUACUAGAUACUGCAAAGUGGCCAUACCAAUUUGCACUUGAACUGGCAGUGAAUGAGAGUUCCUGUUUCCACACAUCCUCACCAUCACUUGAUAUCAUCAGACUUUGUCAUCUUUGCCAGUCUGCUGGUUGGACCAUGGUUUGUAAUACUGUUCACAGACGACUUGGGCCGUAUUUCCCAGUGGAGCUCCAUCAUGGCUGGGAGUCUUGCAGGCAUGGUGUCCACCAUUGUGACAUACCCUACAGACCUCAUCAAAACCCGGUUGAUUGUACAGAACAUGCUGGAACCAUCUUAUAAAGGCAUCCUCCAUGCUUUGGCUACUAUUUAUCAACAGGAAGGGUUCCUGGCCCUUUAUCGAGGGGUUUCCCUCACUGUUUUAGGUGCUCUUCCAUUCUCUGCUGGCUCCCUUCUUGUUUACAUGAACCUAGAGAAAAUCUGGAAUGGACCCCGAGAUCGGUUCUCUCUCCUCCAGAACUUUGCCAAUGUCUGUCUGGCUGCUGCAGUGACGCAGACCCUCUCCUUUCCCUUUGACACGGUGAAGAGGAAGAUGCAGGCUCAUAGCCCCUAUCUUCCCCACUGUGGAGGAGUAGAUGUCCAUUUCUCAGGAGCAGUGGACUGCUUCCGGCAGAUUAUAAAGACCCAAGGGAUGCUGGGGCUCUGGAAUGGAUUGACAGCCAACUUACUGAAGAUAGUUCCAUAUUUUGGAGUUAUGUUUAGCACCUUUGAGUUCUGCAAGAGAAUCUGUCUUUAUCAAAAUGGUUACAUUGUGUCUCCUCUGAGUUAUAAAUUGACCCCUGGGGUGGAUCAGAGUUUAAAGCCUCAGGAAUUACGGGAAUUAAAGAAGUUCUUCAAAACUAGAACACUAAAGUCUAAAAAACCAACUCUGUAAAACUGCGUGGACCUGGAUGUGCACUGACUAAAGGUGUGUUGCAGGCACAGAUGAGUGUAACCUCAUAAUUGUGCCUGUGCAGAGCGAUGAGAGGGUCCUGCUGUCUGCUGCUCUUGGAAAUGAGAAGGCUUAGCCUGACGCCAUUGCUGAGCUCCAAUGCAAUGUCCCUGCAGACACCUGUCCCAUGGGAAGGUUUCUCAGCACCACUGUUUCAUGGUGACACUCCCCCACGAUCUUAUAACCAAAGCCUGGCAAUAAGAAAAUGUGCACUUUACAUGCUGAGUAGAAGAAACUAGAUGCCAAAGAAGGGGGCAUUGCCAUGACUCUCAAAGCAACCAGUCGAAGUGGCAGUAGCCGAGCAGAUUCCACCUCAUGAGCUCAGCUACCACCUGGUUUCACUCAGUUUGACCCAAGGCUUCACAAUACAAUUAUUCGUGAAUACAGUUGUUCUGGCUGCCUUCUGAGCGCACCUACCACAGUGUAAAUUACGCUUUACCAGAAAUGAAAUGAAAUGAAAGCUUUUUAACAUUUAAAAGAUCACUAUUGCUGUAGAACCAUCCUCUUGUUAUUUAAAUUUGAAACAUCCCAGGCUUAGAGUCUUGUAUUUCAGGAAGGCAGAUUUGACCAAGACGGCUUAAUUAUGCCCCCCAAAACCAUCUUCCAAUUGAAGUCAUGUAGAGUUCAAGCAAGGAGCCCUGGUGGCGCAAUGGUGGCCCUCAGCUGCUAACCUAAAGGUCAGAGAUUCAAACCCACCAGCCUCUCUGAGGGAAAAAAGACCUCGUGAUUUGCUCCCAUAAAGACUACAGCCUAGGAAACCCUAUGGGGCAGUUCUACUCUGUCAUACUGGGUCACUACGAGCCAGAAUUCGCUUGAGGACACACAGCAAACAGUUCAAACAGCCUGGAUUCUCUGCAUUUUUAACUUGCAUUGCAAGCCUAUCCUGAAAAUAAAUUAUUUAGAUAAGUUAUGCUCACAAGAUGUCCCAGUUGCCUAGAAAGGAUCAAAUGGAUCAUUUGACACAUAUACCAAAAACAAAAGUAACUGAAUAAAAGCACUUCAGGCUAAUCAUCUGCACUAGAUUUUUUUUUUUUUUUGGUUUUGCCCGAUGGUUACGUCUUACAUUAAAAAAAAAAUUGCCAUCAAGUCUAUUCCAACUCAUGGCAACCCCAUGUGUAUCAGAAUAGAACUGUGCUCCAUAGGGUACUAGAUUUUUUUUUAAUCAAAUUUCAGGAUUAUUCCACCGAAUAGUGCCUUUCUAUGGAUUUGAAAAAUAUUAAUAUAUCAGGUUGUCAAUUUAUAUAUAUAUAGAGAGAGAGAAAGGGUGUUUCAGUAUGUUGAAAGUAUUUUUCCUAUUAAAUUUAUUUUUAAAGAAAAGUAACGUGUUGGUCAUUUAUUUCUAAUUAGAGUUACAAGAACUAUGGUUAAAUACAUACUGGCCAAGGUCUCUGAACUCUCAGAAGCUUGUCCUAUUUAAAUAUACCAAACUAACUCAUUUUUCCAGCUGCUGAGGGAGACUGUGUGUUUUAUGGGGAAUGGCAGUUAAUCUUCUCACGAAAAUCUCAUCUCUAGCCCAGUCCAUUAGAGUUCCAAACCCGUUGCCAGUCAAGUGGAUUCCAGCUCAUAGCAACCCUGUAGGACGGAGUCGAACUGCCUCCCUAGAGUUUCCAAGGCUGCCAUCUUUGCGGAAGCAGACUGUCACGUCAUUCUCCUAUGGAGCAGCUGGUGGGUUCAAACCUCUGACCUUUCGGUUAGCAUCUGAGCACUUUAACCAUUGUGCCACCAGGGCUCUUUGUUAGAGUUCAGAGGGUGGCAAGUUCUUUACCCACGGUGAAUAGUUAAUGUGUGUUACUCUUUAUUUGCCUUGAAAUGUACAACUUUUUAGAAGGUUCUGAAAGCUGCAAAAAAAUUUUUUUUUAUUUUUACUAAAUCUAAAAGCCUAACCAGGUUAUUUAUAGCAUAUUAAUACAUUCUAUAUAUUCAUCUACAAAUACGAUGAGAUAGAUAACCAAGCCCUUCCUAAUGUUAUAUAUAGGAAUGUUUUCUGAGCUGCAGUUUUUAUUUUUUCGAUAAACUUAAUGGGAAGAAGGAUAUGCCUCAUUUUUCUAAUUGCAAACAACUCUUUAAAACUGUAGCUCCGUUCCUAAAAGGCAUGUGAUUGGAGGUCUAUGUGGGGAGUGCUCUGCUUUACGGCUGGGAGUGGGCGCCACACUGGACUACAUACAUUAGGAGAAUUAUAAAGAAGUGUGAUACGGUACUUACCCAGGAGUCAUUUACUGUCUUAAGGAACACAACCUGCCUACAUGUGUGAAACAACUAUGAUUACAAAGCAAAUACUAGCAAAGAUAUGAUGGUAUAGUAUCGACUGAUUACCAGAUUGCCAAGGGGCUCAAUAUAUAUUUAUUGAAGAGGAGUAGAGGGAUUGUCACAGGUGAGAGGACUAGUAAUGAGCAGGAGUUUGUGGAGGUAGUGAGUCUUGAGCUAAGUUUUGAAGGAAGUGAGGGGACAUUAAUUGGUUAAGAAUAGGUUGCAGGGCGUUUCAGAUUGAAGCAGGGCAUAUACAGUGUCACGGAAAUGGAAGCAAACAAAAGGUGUUUGGGAUAGAGUAAAAAGACUGGCUUCAUGUUCACUCAACAACUGCUAGGCACUAUGGAUAAAGUACAUAAGGCAGAUAAAAGGAGCCCUAGUGGUGCAGUGGUUAAGCUCUUGGCUGCUAAUGAAAAGGUUGUUGGUGCGAACCCGCCAGCCACUCCGAAAAAGCAAGAUGUGGCAGUCUGCUUCUAUAAGAUUACAGCCUUGGAAACCCUAUGGGGCAGUUCUACUCUGUCCUAUAGGGUUGCUGGACUACUAACUGAAAGCUCGGUGGUUCAGACCCACCCAGAGGCACCUCAGAAGUAAGGCCCAGUGAUCUGCUUCUGAAAGGUCGCAGCCUUGAAAAUCCCAUGAACCAGUUCUGCUCUGCAGACGUGGGAUUGCCAUGAGUCGGAAUUAACUCAGUGGCAGCUAACAGUAACGAGGCAGAUAAGGUCCUUGCCCUCACGGAGCUUACAGUCUCCUGAGGGCAGCAGUGAAUAACAAACUAAUCAGUAAGUUAGGUAAUUAUAGACUGUAAUGUUAUGAGGGAAAUAAACAGGGUGCUUUGUUAGAGAAUUAGGUGAGGAUGAGGGAGAUACUUUAAAUCGGGGAACCAGGGAAGGUCUCCUUGGGAGGAGACCUUUGAGAUGAGAGCUGAAGAAUGAGAAUGAGCCAGCCAGGCAGAGAAUAGGGAGAAGACAUUCCAAACAGAAGGAACAGCAAGUGCGAAAGUCUGGAAAUGGAAAAGGGCUCGAUGAACAGAAAGGAGGCAAGUGUAGCCAGAGUGUGAUGAGUGAGGGAGAGAUGAGUAUGAGAUGAGACUGGACAGAGAGCCAGAUCAUACAUAGCCAUAUGGGCCAGACCAAGAAGUUAAGAUUUUAUUCUGGCACCUGAUGACACAAUGCUUAAAUUGCUCAGCUCCUAAUCGAAAGGUUGGCGGUUCAAAUCUACCCAGCAGGCUCUGUGAGAGAAAGACCUGGGAAUCUGCUCCUGUAAAGAUUACAGUCUUGAAAAUCUUAUGGGGGCAGUUCUACUCUGUCACGUUGGGUCUACUCUGUCACAUUGGGUCUACUCUGUCACGUUGGGUCUCUAUGAGUCAGAAUCAACUUGAAGGCACACAACAACAACAAUAUACAUAACAGAACAUUUGCUGAUUCAACAAUUUUUAUAUGUACAAUUCAGUGACACUGAUUACAAUCUUCAUGGUGUGCAACCAUUGGCACUGUCCUUAUUCCACUACCAUUUACAUAAAAGUAAAACCAGAAAACUCAGUGCCUCCUAAACAGUAAAUCUCCCUUUCCCCCUCUCCCCCACCCCUGGUAACCACUAAUAAGCUUUAGUUUCUAUGUAUUUGUCUCUUUCGUAUAAGUGAGAUCAUAAGGUAUUUGUCCUUUUGUGACUAUUUCACUCAGCAUAAUAUUUUCAAGGUUUAUGUCGUGGCAUGCAUCACGACUUCAUUUCUCAGAUUUUAUUCUAAAUGCAGAGUAAAGUCAUUGAAGGUUUCUAAGCAGAGAGGUGAUACAACUUGAUAGUCAUUUUUAAAAAACCACUGUGGUUGCUGUGUGGAUAAUGGAUUGGAGAGAAGCAAGCCUGUAAUGGACAAUAUUACAGAAGGCCAAGCAACAAAUAAUGGUUGCCUGGAUCAGAAUUGGUGGCAAAAAAGAUGGAGACAAGUGAAUGAGUUCAAGACAUUUUGGAGUUAGACUCAGCAGGAUUUGCUGAGGGGAUGAAUGUAGGAAGUAGAAGAAAGGAAGGGAUCCAGGACAGCACCUAGGUUUUUUGGCUUUUGACUUGGGUAACAAGGUAGAUGAUGUUGCCAUUUGCUGAUGUGGGGAAGACUAUGGAGAGUCACAGUUUUGGUGGGAACAUGCUCAAUUUGAAAUGCCUGUGAGACAUCCAAGUAGAGAAGUCCAGUGGUCAGUCGGCUGGAGCAUAGGUUCUCCGUGUCCAAACCGGUUAUGGUAGGCAGAACAAUGGUCCUCCAAAAAUGUCCAUUUCCUCAUCCCCAGAACCUAUGAAUAUGUUACCUCACAUGGCCAAAGGGACUUUGCAGAUGAGAUUACAUUAAAGACCUCAAAAUGGGGAGAUUAUCCUGGAUUAUCUGGGUGGGCUCAAUCUAAUUACGUGAGUCCUUAAGAGUGACAGAGGAAGGCAGUAGAAGGGGUCAGAGAGAUGCAAAGACAGAAGUAGAGGCAAGGAAAGUGAGGCAUAAGAAGGACUCAGCUUGCCAUUGCUGGCUUUGAAGACAUUCCAGGAACAUGCCCAGGAAUGUGGGCAGCUUCUAAAAGCUGAGACCUGCCCUCAGCUGACAGCCAGCAAGGACAUAGGGACCUCAGUUCUACAGCCACAAGAAACUGAAUUCAAUCAACAACCUAAAGGAGCAAGGAAACAGCUUUUCCCCUGAGAGCCUCCAGAAAGGAAGGCAACCCUACCGACAUCUCGAUUUUAGCCUGCUGCAACUCAUGUCAGACUUCUGACCUCCAGAACUGUUAAGAUAAUAAAUUCGUGUAGUUUUAAACCACUAAUUUUGUGGUAAUUUGUUACAACAGCAAUAGAAAGCUAAUACACCAGGAUACUAUUAAUAGUUAUGGUUCAGGAUGUUGUUCUUGUUAGGUACCAUCGAGUAAGUUCCGACUCAUAGCAACCCUGGUACAACAGAACGAAACACUGCCCAGUCCUGCGCCAUCCUCACAAUCAUUCUUAUGCUUGAACCCACUGUCAUGGCUUGAAUUAUGUCCCCCCAAAAACGUGUACAUCAGUUUGGCUGGGCCAUGACUUCUGGUAUUGUGUGAUUUUCCUACAUAUUGUAAAUCCUGCCUCUAUGGUGUUAAUGAGGGAAGAUGGGUGUCAGUUGUGUUAGUGAGGCAGGACUCAAUCUAUAAGAUUGGACUGUGUCUUGAGGCAAUCUCUUGAGAUAUAAAAGAGAGAAGCAAGCAGAGAGACAGGGGGAGCUCAUAGCACCAAGAAAGCAGUGCUAGGAACAGAGUGGGUACUUUGGGCCCGGAGUCCCUGCAUAUAGUCUGGGGAAGAUUGAUGAGAAGGCCAACAGAGAGAGAAAGCCUUCCCCUGGAGGUAAUGCCCUGAGUUUGGACUUUCAGCCUACUUUACUGUGAGGACCGCCACGUGUCUGUCAGUUUGCCGUUCUGUGGGGCUUGUGUGUUGCUAUGAUGCUGGAAGCUAUGCCCAACCCAGUGCCGUCGAGUUGAUUCCGACUCAUAGCGACCCUAUAGGAAAGAGUAGAACUGCCCUGUAGAGCUUCCAAGGAGUGCCUGGUGGAUUCGAACUGCCAACCUUUUGGUUAGCAGCCAUAGCACUUAACCCCUACACCACCAGGGUUUCCAGAAGCUAUGCCACCAGUAUUCAAAUACCAGCAGAGUCUCCCAUGGCAGACAGGUUUCAGCUGAGCUUCCAGACUAAAACAGACUAGGAAGAAGGACCCAGCAGUCUACUUCUGAAAAGAAUUAGCCAGUGAAAACCUUAUGAAUAGCAGCAGAACAUUGUCUGAUAUAGUGCUGGAAGAUGCGCUCCCCAGGUUGGAAGGCAUUCAAAGAACAAGGAGAUACUGCAUGGUUUAAAGUCCGGAAAGGUGUGCAUCAGGGUUUUAUCUUUUCCCCAUACCUAUUCAAUCUGUAUGCUGAGCAAAUAAUCCAAGAAGCUGGACUAUAUGAAGAAGAACGGGGCAUCAGGAUUGGAGGAAGACUUAUUAACAGCCUGUGUUCCGCAGAUGACACAAACUUGCUUGCUGAAAGUGAAGAGGACUUGAAGCACUUAAAUGAUGAAGAUCAAGGACCAUAGCCUUCAGUAUGGAUGACACAUCAGCAUAAAGAAAACAAAAAUUCUCACAACUAGACCAAUAAGCAACAUCAUGAUAAACGGAGCAAAGAUUGAGGUUGUCAAAGAUUUCAUUUUACUUGGAUCCACAACACCCAUGGAAGCAGCAGUCAGGAAAUCAAAAGAUGCAUUGCAUUGGGUAAAUCAGCUGCAAAGGACCUCUUUAAAGUGUUGAAAACUAAAGAUGUCGCCUUGGACAUGUUGUCAGGAAAGAUCAGUCCCUGAAGAAGAACGUCAUGUUUGGUAGAGUGUCAGCAAAAGAGAGGAAGACUCAGCGAGAUGAAUUGACACAGUGGCUGCAACAAUGUUAUGCUGAAGUAUAACAAUGAUUGUGAGGAUGGUGCAGGACCAGGCAGUGUUUCAUUCUGUGGUACAUAGGGUCGCUAUGAGUUGGAAGUGACUCGAUGGCACCUAACAACCACUGUGAGGAAAUAAAUUUCUCUUUGUUAAAGCCAUCCACUUGUGGUAUUUCUGUUAUAGCAGCUCUAGAUAACUAAGACACCCAGUGUUGCAGCCACUGUGUCAAUCCAUCUUGUUCAGGAUUUUCCUUUUUUGCUGACCCUCUACUUGACCAAGCAUGAUGUCCUUCUCCAGGGACUGAUCCCUCCUGAUAACGUGUCCAAAGUCUGUGAGACGUAGUUUUGCUAUUCUCGGUUCUAAGGAGCAUUUUGGUUGAACUUCUUCCGAGACAGAUUUUUUUCAUUCUUCUGGCAGUCCACGGUAUAUUCAAUGUUCUUCGCCAACACCAUAAUUUAUAUCAGAAUAAGAGGCAUAAACCAGGACUGUCCUAAGCAAACCAAGACAAAUCUGGAGUUAAGGGGAGAGGGGUAACCGGGUAUAAAAUUUCAGUUUCAUAAGCAGACAGAUGGCACCGAGGUACAGAAUUGGACCACCAAAGUAGUGAAUGGGAAGAAACUCUUGUGAGGGGGAGGCAACAAGAAAUGACAUCAAGGAAAUGGUGGUUAAAGAAAGGCCUCAGGAUACAGAGGAACCAGAACUCUCUUACUCUGCUGUUAGGAAGGCAAAAUGGUACACUUUGGAAAACAGUGUGGCAAUCCCUCACAUGGUUAAACGUAGAGUUACCGUAUGACCCAGCAAUUCAAUACUCUUACAGAUAUACUUCAGAGAAAUGAAAACAUGUGCACACAAAUGUUCACAGCAGUAUUAUCCAAAAUUGCCCAAAGAUGGAAAUAACCCAAAUGUCUAUUAACUGAUGAAUGGAUAAAGAAAAUGUGGUAUAUCCAUACAAUGGAAUAUUACUUAGCAACAGAAAGGAGUUAACUAUUGAUACAUACAACAUGGAUGAAUGUCAAUUAUGCUGAAAAAAGCUAAUCCCCUCCCCAAAACAAAAGUACAUACUGUAUGAUUCUAUUUAUAGAAAACUCUAGGAAAUGAAAACUAAAGUGACAGAAGGAAGAUCAGUGGUUACUUGCAUAUGGAGGGAUGGAGAGGAGAGAAAGAAGCACAAGAAAGAAAAUGUCGGAGGUUAUGGAUAUGUUCACUAUCUUAAUUGUGGUGGUGGUGUCACAGGUGUUUUCGCACAGGUGUGAAACGUGUGAUGGUUAAUGUUAUGUGUCAGUUUGGCUAGGCUAUGAUUCUCGGUAAUUUGGCAGACAUUGAAUUGAUUGCUCUUCCAUACUGUAACAUAAUGUAGUCAUCUCCAUGAUGAGAUCUGAUAUAAUGUAAUCACCUCGACAAUGAGGUCUGCUAUGAGCAGCCAAUCAGUUGAGAGUGGCGUUUCCUUGAGGACAUAUCCUGCCUCCAGUAUAUAAAUAGAUGUUACAGCAAGGCUCACUCUUGCUCUGGAUCUUGCGUCCGACUCCUCAUCUUCUGACCUCUGGAUCUUGGGAUGUGGGAUGUGAGCCAGCAGCCUGCCGCCUGACCUGCAGAUUUUGGGUUCGUGAGUCGGGAGACGCCUCCAGUCUGACUCCUGGCCCACAGAUUUAGGAUUUGCCAGUCUCCACAAUUGUGUGAUCCAUUUCCUUGAAUUAAAUCUCUCUCUAUGUGUUUAUAUUUACACAUGUUUCACUGAUUUUGCUCCUUCAGAGAACCCAGCCUAAGACAAGAUAUUUUCACAUAUGUAAAAAUUUAUCAGAUUGUAUACUUUUCAAUAUGUACAGUUUACUGUGUGCCAGUUAUGCCUCAAUAAGACUGUUGUGUUGUUUUUUUAAAGCAGUUACCCCAAGGAUGGAAUCUACCAAAUGCUUUCUAAGCCUGCCAGAGUCCAGAAAUAAAAUCCUUCCACAAAUUGGGUUGGGGGGUGGGUUGUUGUUGUUAGAUGCCGUUGUGUCAAUUCUGACUCAUAGUGACCCUAUGUACAACAGAACAAAACACCGUCCAGUCCUGCACCAUCAUCACAAUCAUUGCUAUGUUUGAGCCCAUUGUUGCAGCCACUGUGUCAAUCCAUCUCGUUGGGGGUCUUCCUCUUUUUCGCUGACCCUCUACCAUGCAUGGUGUCCUUCUCCAGGGACUGGUCCCUCCUGAUAACAUGUCCAAAGUACAGGAGACAAAGUCUGGCCAUCCUUGCUUCUAAGGAGCAUUCUGGCUGUACUUCUUCCAAGACAGAUUUGUUCGUUCUUCUGGCAGUCCAUGGUAUAUUCAAUAUUCUUGACCAACACCAUGAUUCAAAGGCGUCAGUUCUUCUUCAUUCUUCCUUAUUCAUUCUCCAGCUUUCACAUGCAUGUGAGGCAAUUGUUCAGGCGCACCUUAGUCCUCAAAGUGAUGUUUUUGCUUUUUAACACUUUAAAGAGGUCUUUUGCAGCAGAUUUGGGGUGGGGAGGGGGAGAAAAGACUUCAAAAGAUAAGCUGAAGAAUUUUGGUUUGAUCUAAUAAGCAAGGAGGAGUCACGAGUUUCUUGAUCAACAUAGGCAACGUGAUGAAAACUGGAUGUGAGCAAGAUUGUUCCAGAAACUGGAGUAGUGAAGGACUAGAGGCAGGAAGACUGGCCCACAAACGAUGAACCUUGUUCUCUCCUCAGUAAUUACACUGUGCAAACACAACUGUGACAUUACAGUCUUCCAUAUUGAAAAUGUAAACCAGGUCUGAAAACUGAGAGUGCUUUUUCUUGGUACCUCUUAGGGCCUCAAAUCUUGCUUAUGUGGCUUCUGACACAGUCGACAAAUUAUAGGUAGGGUCUUUACCUGGGUACGUGGGACUGAGGACUGCCUAAGCAGGGUGGAGUUCAUUGUUCAUUAAAACUCAGAGUUGUUCAACCUAAGUUAGUGUUUUUCUUAAUAUUAAUGAAAAUCUAACACUUUCUGAAUGCUCACUAUGUCCCAGACUCUGUUCUAUUCAUCCAUUAUCUCAUUUAAUUGUCCCUACAAUCCUUUGAGGUAUGGGUACUAUUAUCCUUCCCAUUUUACACCUGAAUAAAAUCACCUGUCCAGAAGUUAAACAAUGUGCCCAAGGCUUGACAACUACCAAGUGGCAGAGCCAGUAUUUCAACUCAAACAGUCUGACUCCAGAGCUCACCCUCUUAACCAUUGGACUAAACUACUUCUCUCUAUUUUGUCCCAGAUUGCUAAAAUCAGAUGCUCAAGUCUAUUCAAUAUUAUAUGUACAAAAGUAUUAGAGCCACAGAAUCUUAGGAUUGGAAGGGGCCGUAUAGUACUCUCUUCCCAGCCAACAUAGCGAUCUCCACAGUGUCCCUAACAAGUGGUUAUUCCAUCUCAACUUUUAACAUUUCCAGUGACAAGAAGUUCACCACAUCAUAAAGCAACCCAUUCCACCUCUAAGUCGCUCAGAUUUUAGAAAGUUAUUUCUUGUUGACUUAGAGUCAACCUUCCUGAAACUUCUACCAGCUGGUGUUAAUUCCAUACAGAAUAAGUUUCUUCUACCUGACAGUUCUUCAGUUAUGAAGACAGUUAUGAUGUCCCCCCUUCACCCAAAUCUCCUUCCCAGUUAAAUAUCUCUCAUUCAUUCAGCCAUUUCUUGUAUGACAUCACUUCACUUUCCUGAUUGCAUUUUUAAAAUAUGUUUCCGUUUGUCAAAGCCCUCUUAAACAUGGCAUUCAGAAUUGAACACCAAAUUCUAUGGGCUGGCCACCAGAGACCUAAGUGAGACUGAAAUGCCCCCUGAUCUGUUCACUACCAUUCUCAUAGUCCAACUAAGACUCAUGAGCAUUUUUGGCACUGUCAACUCACAGUCAGUGAAGACCCUCAGUCCUUUUUCGCAUGUUCUGCCAUUAAGCUCUAUCUUCUCAUCCUUAAAUGCCUUGCACUAAAUAGAGCAUUAGAACCUUUAUUGUGGUACCUCCCAUUUUAUAAGCCUGGGUUUAUUCUGGACUUUAGCCUUUAUGACUCAGUUCCUAGAAAUCCACGAUACUCCUUGGUCUUUGCCCUUGGAAACCUAGCCCUCCUUCUGUCAUCUAUACACGUCCUUUUAAAAUCUGAGCUCAUCAGAGAAUAAUCCAUAAGGACACUUUAGUUUAUUAACUAUCUCUCUCUCCCUUUUUAAUUUCUCACUGGAAUUUCUCCAAAUUAUACAGUUCUGAAUUUUAUUUUUGAAAUCCCUCUUCCUUUGAGCUAUCUUUCUCUUUUGGUGUUUGACCAGGCGGUCAUACUUUUCUCUGGUCCUUUUGAAGUCUAAACCCCACCCCCAAACACACACACACACACCUACUUAAUUAACCUAUCUAACCAUGCCAUGCCCAACAUUCUUUUGUGUAACAAAUCCAGAUGGCAUGGUCACUGUCCCCAAGAUUCUUGUCCCUUUCACCUUGCUAACCAGAUCUUCUUUAUUUAUUGUCAGGAUUAAGCCCAGUUUAGCGAUUUCACCCCUAGCUUCUUCAGUCUUAUGAGAGCUUAAUUAUCAGCAAGAGAGUCAAGAAGUAUCAGAUGGGUUGCUGUUAGAACAAUAAAACUUCCAGCAGAUAUUCAGGUGGUUUAUGUCUCUGAUCACCGUUUCUUGCCUAUGUGACAGUUUGAUGAAACAUUAUUUAUAUCUUUUAUCUAUCUGGGCAGUGUCUUGUAUACUUCCACAACUCCAGUCUCUUUCAUUUCUUGUUUUCAUUCUUUUUUUUUUAUUGUGCUUUAAGUGAAAGUUUACAAAUCCAGUCAGUCUCUCAUACAAAAACUUAUACACACCUCACUAUGUAACCCUAGCUGCUGUCCCUCUCAUGUGACAGCACACUCCUCCUCUCCCCUCCUUUUCAAUCUUACUGAAUACUUUCCACCAUCUGGCCAAUGAAUUGUUUCAUAUACUACUACUCUUCCUCUCAUAUAGGGUACCUCUCUGGAUCAGGUUCAUCCUUCUUUUUCCAGAUGCCAAUCAGAAGUCCCAUCCUACCAAGACUGAAUGAUGCCUAUAAAACUGUUUUCCUCCUUGUAUUAACAUUUUACAUUCACUUUAUUACCCAUAUUCUGGGUGUUGGUACAUAGAUAUCCAAGGCCCUAAGUAUCAUUUCUGACCCUCUUCCUUGUUUUUUCUUGAGCAAUGCUAGGCAUUGCCUUAGCAUUAGUUCCUCUUUCUUUAUUAUACUUUCUUUCUACAUAGCUUCCAGAAACACAAUAGUUACUAGCACAGAGCCCCUACUACGCCUCACCGGAGGAAUUUGUUUUUAAUGAGUUGACCAGCCAUAUAUCUCAUCAUCAUCAUCACUAUCGAUAUUAGUAUUAUUCUCUAUUUUCAUGGGCUCUUGCUCCUGGUUCCUUUUCUUUCAUUUUUUACUUAAAAUUGAAAUAUAUAUAUUUUAUUGUAUUCAGUGAAUUAAUUUCUUUUUUAACUUGCAGACUUAUCAAAAAAUAAUAUGAAGAAUUUCCACAUUAUCUUUCCCUCAGCUUCUUCAAAUGUUAACAUCUUACAUAACCACAGUAACUAAGACUAGUAUUGGUACAAUACUAUUAACUAAUCUACCAAUCUUCCUCAGAUAUUGCCAGUUCUUUUGCCAAUGUCCUUUUUUGGGGUCCAGGAUCUAAUCCAGAAUCACACAUGGCCUUUUGUGAUCAUGUCACCUUAAAUCUGUGGCAGUUUUGCCAUCUUUUUUUUUUUCUUUCAUGGCCUUGACAGGUUUGUGUGUGUAUGUGUGUGAUAAAAAUAUACACAGCAAAAGAUAUUGACUUCGGAAAUGUCUGACUUCUUGAAGUGUACAUGAUAAUAGGCAAGCAGGGGAGGUCCAGCUCACAGUGGAUUUAGCAGAAUACCAAGCCAGGCCAUGAAGUUGCUUUUAAAUGGCCCAUCUUGUAUUUCAUUUUCAAUAAAACUACCCUUGAUUCUACACCAAAGACUAAAAAAAAAAAUUUUUUUUUUUUUUUAAGAAGGGAUAAAUUCUAACUUGAUCAUCUUUUUGUGGAGAGAGAAAUCUGACAGAACAGUAAAUGUGGAAUGCUUAAACCGGUAAAAGAGUUCUGGGAGGGAAUAUAGUGGGGGCUUCACACUCAAAAGGAGCCCUGCUGGCACAGUGGUUAAGCGCUCAGCUGUUAACUGAAAGGUUGGCCGUUGUAACCCACCAGCCGCUCCACAGGAGAAAGAUGAGGCAGCCUGUUUCCGUUACAGCCUUGGAAACCCUAUGGGGCAGUUCUACCUGGUCCUACAGGGCCAUUAUGAGUCAGAAUCCUUAAUAUUGUUAAGAAUCCUUAACAAUUGUUAACUCCUUAACAAUGGGGCCGUGCUCAAAGGGAGCAGCAGAUGUGGCAAGGUGUAUCAAGGAGCAAUUAGCAUUUGAAAAAAAUGCAUUAAAAGGAAUGUCAAGAAUUCAAACAAGAAAGAUUUUGCAUUUUAUUUUGAACUGGGUUAGAAAAACCACUUCCCCUCCAAAUAAAAUAACCUAAGGAGUUUUUUGCUGGAGCGGAUGUUUCUCUCACCAGUAGAGGUAAAGGAGUGACUUUAAUGUUCAGGGAAUAUACUUUACCAUCCCCUUAAGCUGUAGUACUGCAAGGUCAUUUCUGUAUCCAGCUGCAUCUCUGUUAUAAUAGGCUAAUGAGAAAUAUAGCAGCCUCUCAAUGGUACCGUUCGAAGAUUUCUCGCCAAGUCCACAAAACUAGAUUCAAAAGUGCUCUUCUUUGAACACCUGUCAUUUGCGCUCGUCACUUUAGAUUGUGGGGGUUCUUGGGAAAACUACCAAAUUGUAAAGUAUACUUGUAGAGGAAGGGUUGACAAUCCUGGAGGAACCCUAACUGUAAGUUUCUCUAGAUCCUUUAAAAAGGAGCCUUGGUGGCACACCAGUUAAGUGCUCAGCUGCUAAUCUAAAAGCUGGCGGUUCGAACCUAUCCAGCGGCUCUGCAGGAGAAAGAUCUGGAGAUGUGCUGCCGCACAGGUUACAGCCUAGAAAACUCCAUGGGGCAAUUCUACUCUGUCACAUGGGGUGGCUGUGAAUGAAAAAUCGACUCAACAGCACCUAACAACAACUGGGUCCUUUAGCAGGCAGGUCUUUUCUGGAGGAGGUGGGAGAGGGCAGGAAAGAAAAAUGAGGGAUACGCCCAGUAUGCCUUCAGCAUGCAAGGGCCUGUGGCAUUUUGUCUUUCAGAAUCCUGAAGUGUGGCCAUCUACACUUCAGCUGCAGUUGCAGUUUUCAGCAGUCAUCCAUAUUUUUGGAAGCACUGUUGUGAUUUCUUUAGCCAUAGGAUUUGUGAUUACACUAUCUGCUCCGGCUCUGAACCUCAGAGUGCAUCACGCCAACCAAUAAGUUUUGAAGGGCAUGUGCGGUAAAUGCAGACUAAUUGGGUUUGGUAGACACUUCUCGAUGGACCCAAUGGCUGUCAAUCUAAUUUUAUUGAUUCCUCUAAAUAUUUCUGGAGUUCAGAAAUCUACCCAUUCCAAGAGUACUUUACCUGGGGUCCAGGGAGCCAAACGCCAGCCUAGCUCACACAGCCUCUUAACCCUUUCGGUACAACCUCUACAUUUGGCUUCUAGCUAAAAUCAUUUCCCCACCCUCAACCCAGUCCUUUGGGCAGGGGUCCAUUUACAGAAAAUACCGCCUAUGGCAAUUAGGUUUUUUUUUUUUAAUUGUGCUUUAGGUAAAAGUUUACAACUCAAGUUAGUUUCUCAUACCAAAAUUUAUACACACAUUAUUAUGUGACCCUAGUUGCAAUCCCUGUAAUGUGACAGCACACUCCCCCUUCCACUCUGGAUUUCCCAUGUCCAUUCAACCAGCUCCUGUCCCUUUCUGCCUUCUCACCUCACCUCUGGACAGGAACUGCCUAUUUAGUCCCACGUAUCUACUUUUUUUUUUUUUAUCUACUUGAGCUCCCCCACGUGUCUGUCAGUUUGUCAUACUGUGGGGGCUUAUGCGUUGCUGUGAUGCUGGAAGCUAUGCCACCAGUGUUCAGAUACCAGCAGGGUCACCCAUGGAGCACAGGUUUCAGCUGAGCUUCCAGACUAAGACAGACUAGGGUGAAGGACCCAGCAGUCUACUUCUGAAAAUCAUUAGCCAGUGAAAAACUUACAAAUAGCAGCGGAACAUUGAUAUAGUGCUGGAAGAUGAGCCCCCCAGGUUGGAAGGCACUCAAAAGAUGACUGGAGAAGAGCUGCCUCCUCAAAGUAGAGUCGACCUUAAUGACGUGGAUGGAGUCAAGCUUUCGGGACCUUCAUUUGCUGAUGUGGCAUGACUCAAAAUGAGAAGAAACAGCUGCAAACAUCCAUUAAUAAUCGGAACCUGGAAUGUAUGAAGUAUGAAUCUAGGAAAAUUGGAUAUCAUCAAAAAUGAAAUGGAACGCAUAAACAUCGAUAUCGUAGGCAUUAGUGAGCUGAAAUGGACUGGUAUUGGCCAUUUUGAAUUGGACAAUCAUAGAGUCUACUAUGCUGGGAAUGACAACUCGAAGAGGAAUGGUGUUGCAUGCAUUGUCAAAAAGAAUGUUUCAAGAUCUAUCCUGAAGUACAACACUGUCAGUGAUACGAUAAUAUCCAUACGCCUACAAGGAAGACCAGUUAAUACGACUAUUAUUCAAAUUUAUGCACCAACCACUAGGGCCAAAGAUAAAAAAUUGAAGAUUUUCAUCAGCUGCUGCAGUCUGAAAUUGAUUGAACAUGCAAUCAAGAUGUAUUGAUAAUUACUGGUGAUUGGAGUGCGAAAGUUGGAAACAAAGAAGUAGGAUCAGUAGUUGGAAAAUAUGGCCCUGGUGAUAGAAAUAAUGCCAGAGAUCGAAUGAUAGAAUUUUGCAAGACCAAUGACUUCUUCAUUGCAAAUACCUUCUUUCACCAACAUAAACGGCAACUCUACACAUAGACCUCACCAGUAGGAACACACAGAAAUCAAAUUGACUACAUCUGCGGAAAGAGAUGAUGGAAAAGCUCAAUAUCAUCAGUCAGAACAAGACCAGGAGCCGACUGUGGAACAGACCAUCAAUUCCUCAUAUGCAAGUCCAAGCUGAAACUGAAGAAAAUCAGAGCAAGUCCAUGAGAGCCAAAAUAUGACCUUGAGUAUAUCCCACCUAAAUUUAGAGACCAUCUCAAGAAUAGAUUUGACGCAUUGAACACUAAUGACUGAAGACCAGAUGAGUUGUGGAAGGACAUCAUCCAUGAAGAAAGCGAGAGGUCACCGAAAAGACAGGAAAGAAAGAAAAGACCAAGAUGGAUGUCAGAGGAGACUCUGAAACUUGCUCUUGAGCGUGGAGCAGCUAAAGCAAAAGGAAGAAUUGAUGAAGUAAAAGAACUGAACAGAAGAUUUCAAAGGGUGUCUGGAGAAGACAAAGUAAAGUAUUAUAAUGACACGUGCAAAGAGCUGGAGAUGGAAAACCAAAAGGGAAGAACACACUCGGUGUUUUUCAAGCUGAAAGAACUGAAGAAAAAAUUCAAGCCUCGAGUUGCAAUAGUGAAGGAUUCUAUGGGGAAAAUAUUAAAUGAUGCAGGAAGCAUCAAAAGAAGAUGGAAAGAAUACACAGAGUCAUUAUACCCAAAAGAAUUAGUCAAUAUUCAACCAUUUCAAGAGAUGGCAUAUGAUCAGGAACUGAUGGUACUGAAGGAAGAAGUCCAAGCUGCUCUGAAGGCAUUGGUGAAAAACAAGCCUUCAGGAAUUGAUGGAAUGAAUAUCAGUUGAGAUGUUUCAACAAACAGAUGCAGUGCUGGAGGUGCUCACUCGUCUAUGCCAAGAAAUAUGGAAGACAGCUUCCUGGCCAACUGACUGGAAGAGAUCCAUAUUUAUGCCUAUUCCCAAGAAAGGUGAUCCAACCGAAUGUGGAAAUUAUAGAACCAUAUCAUUAUCACACGCAAGCAAAAUUUUGCUGAAGAUCAUUCAAAAACGGCUGAAAUUCAGGCCAGUUUCAGAAGAGGACGUGGAACCAGGGAUAUCAUUGCUGAUGUCAGAUGGAUCCUGGCUGAAAGUAGAGAAUACCAGAAGGAUGUUUACCUGUGUUCUAUUGACUAUGCAAAGGCAUUCGACUGUGUGGAUCAUAACAAACUAUGGAUAACACUGCAAAGAAUGGGAAUUCCAGAACACUUAAUUGUGCUCUUGAGGAACCUUUACAUAGAUCAAGAGGCAGUUGUUUGGACAGAACAAGGGGAUACUGAUUGGUUUAAAGUCAGGAAAGGUGUGCAUCAGGGUUGUAUUCUUUCACCAUACCUAUUUAAUUUGUAUGCUGAACAAAUAAUCCAAGAAGCUGGACUGUAUGAAGAAGAACGGGGCAUCAGGAUUGGAGGAGACUCAUUAACAACCUGUAUAUGCAGAUGACACAACCUUGCUUGCUGAAAGUGAAGAGGACUUGAAGCACUUAGUAAUGAAGAUCAAAGACCACAGCCUUCAGUAUGGAUUACAGCUCAACAUAAAGAAAACAAAAAUCCUCACAACUGGACCAAUGAGCAGAACAUCAUUGUAAAUGGAGAAAAGAUUGAAGGAUUUCAAUUCAAUUGUCAAGGAUUUCAUUUUACUUGGAUCCACAAUCAAGAGCCAUGGAAGCAGCAGUCAAGAUAUCAAAAGAUGCAUUGCAUUGGGCAAAUCUGCUGCAAAAGACCUCUUCAAAGUGUUGAAGAGCAAAGAUGUCACCCUGAAGACUAAGGUGCGCCUGCCCCAGGCCAUGGUAUUUUCAAUUACAUCAUAUGCAUGUGAAAGCUGGACAAUGAAUAAAGAGGACCGAAGAAGAUUUGAUGCCUUUGAAUUGUGGUGUUGGCAAAGAAUAUUGAGUAUAUACCAUGGACUGUAAUCUGUCUUGGAAGAACUGCAGCCAGAAUGCUCCUUAGAGGCAAGGAUGGCGAGACUGCGUCUUACAUACUUUGGACAUGUUGUCAGGAGGGAUGAGUCCCUGGAGAAGGAGAUCAUGCUUGGCAGAGUACAGGGUCAGCGGAAAAGAGGGAGACCCUCAACGAGGUGGAUUGACACAGUGGCUGCAACUAUGAGCUCAAGCAUAACAAUGAUUGUAAGGAUGGCGUGGGACCAGGCAGUGUUUCGUUCUGUUGUGCACAGGGUCGCUAUGAGUUGGAACCGACUCGACGGCACCUAACAACAACAACAACAAUCUACUUGAGCUAAGAAGCACACUCUUCAUGAGUAACAUUUUAUAUUUUAUAAUCCAGUCUAAUCUUUGUCUGAAGAGUUGGCUUCGGGAAUGAUUUUAGUUCUGGGUUAACAGAGAGUCCUGGGGUCAGGUCUUCUGGGGUUCCUCUAGUCUCAAUCAGACCAUUAAGUCCGAUCUUUUUACUAGAAUUUGAGUUCUGCACCCCACUUUUCUCCUGUUCCGUCAGGGACUCUCUCUUGUGUUCCCUGUCAGGGCAGUCAUUGUAGGUAGCCAGGCACCAUCUAGUUUUUCCGGUCUCAGGCUGGUGGAGUCUCUGGUUUAUGUGGCCCUUUCUGUCUCUUGGGCUAAUAUUUUCCAUGUGUCUUUGGUGUUCUUCAUUCUUGUUUGCUACAGGUGUGUUGAGAAUAAUUGAUGUGUCUUAGAUGCUUGCUCGCUACCUUUUAAGACUGCAGAUGCCACUCACCAAAGGGAAAUUAGUUUUAAAUGGUCGAAUGAUGUGCUACAAACUAGUGAUGAAAACUGCCAUGGCCAAUAGAAACUGCUCCUUAGCGCCCCUCGUCAAGCAGUGUCCAGGGCACAUGCCCUGCCUGCCAUACCUUAAUUACACCUCUGCCAGGCUUUGGGUUCUCCUGAGCCAAUUUCUGGCAAGAUCUUUGUUAAACUGUAUUUGCAAACCAGGGUCUGGUACAAGCCGGCAGUGUUUCCACUCUGCUGUGACCGGUUACCCCAACCUCCUCUGGCUUCAUUGGUGAAGCUCCAUGGCAGGGCCAGGAAUAGGGUGACGAGAGUGAGGCACUCACUUCAACACAAAAUUUAAGGGGGGGGUGGCGAGCCAAAACAACUCGGUAAUCAAGAUAGAUAAUUUUUAAUGCAGUAUUAAAAUUUUU